UUUGUGCAUAGCAGCCUUUAUAAAUGGGGCCCCGGGUAAAUAAGCAUAUGGUUUUACCCUGAAUAAUACCUUCUCACCUCGGCUCAACUCUACUCCACUCCACUUGGUUUUGGUGCCAGACGUUUCCUUUCCGACAGCAAAAAAGCACCCCCCUAAUGUAGCUGGGUAUCAUAGCGUCUUGAAAAGAAGCUACCGUGGCGUCAUUAACGCAGGAUACACAGUAACAACAAUCGUAACAGUUACAGCAAUGGAGGAAAUCAAUGGUAUUUAGUUUCUGAUUCUAAGUAUGUGGCUGUUUGUGUUAAUAAUAUAUUUCAAUCCAUGUCAGACCGUUCGUUAAUUUAUAGAUGGAUAGAACGCUGGUAUUUUACUGUGGAGCGUUAUUCCAUUUUCAGGGUGCCAAGUAUAAUUUACGAACGCACCUGUUGUGGACGAGAACCUGCGAUAGACUAUUUGUGAAUAACGUCAAUUGCUCACGAUGCAUUGUGUCUCUGGGGCUGGCAGACAGUGGGGCUGAGCAUCGAUUUCAGGGCGCUACGCACUUCAAAAUGUACAAUGACGUGACGUCACUGCGCACCGCAGAGGCGUGCUGAACACAAAGCUGGUUUCAUUGAUAUUUGAUUGGGAUUUCAUUGUGAUUUGCAUUGUUUGCAGAUAUUGAAAAAAUUACCCCUCCCCCCUUUCCCGAAAUUUGAAUCCAAGUUAAUUGCAUGACUGCUCUUGGUUGGAAAUAAUUUCUAGACCUUCUCUAUUUAGCUCUGCUCUAAGAUCUCUGGGGCUGAGUUAUUCAAAAUGCCGGGCUUGUUCAGAACUUCUGCAGUACACAACAAUGACAAUAGUGACCAAUCAGUAACCUGCAAUACUUGCGCGGCACCUUUUGGUGUUGCCUCAGCUCGCUUGGAACCUCGAUGGAGGUCAGACCAAAGUAGUACCAGGUUUUUUCCCACCCACAAAACAGCUCUUCCUGUCAAAGAGCUCCGGCAGCCUCCAGCUCAAGGAGUUUGCCCGCAAGAAUGCUGCCAACGUGCUCUCUGUCACCAACAUGCUGAUGGGCAUGGCCUCCAUCCUCAGCAGCCUGAACGGUCACCAGUAUGCUGCCUGCUGGCUGGUCCUCAUUGGUUACCUCCUUGAUCUGGCUGACGGGGCAGUUGCCAGGAGACUUAAUGCCUGCUCAGCGCUGGGUGCAAAGCUUGAUGACUUUGCAGAUUUCACCACGUUUGGGAUUGCUACCUCGCUGCUCUUGAGAACCGAGAGCCUUCUGGACAACCUGCUGUGCAUGUGCUACGUCCUCUCCGUCUUCACUCGCCUCUGCUUCUUCUCCAGCGGGAUCCCGUUCAUGUACCGAGGCCUGCCCUGCAUCUACUCCUCGGCCAUCCUGGCCUGCGCCUCGCUGCUCUCCGGUGGCCACGUGGUGGUACUGCGGGUCACUGCCAUGGCCAUGAUCCUCUUCAUGAUCAGCCAGAGCUUCUACCCCCACGACCGCGUGCUGGAGUCCCAGGCCUGGAAGAAGGUCGUCUACGCAGGAGGCAUCGUCAUGGUGUUCUGCUCCUCCUUCCCGCCGGCGUGCGUCUACUACCUGCUGUGGUCCAUGUCCUACAUCCUCUUCCCUGCCUCCCUCUGGAGCUGCAAGGUGUAGGGGGAGCGGCGGCCAUUUUGUACACUCAGACUCUAGAAGAGGGCCUACGCGAUGGCCAAUCGCAUCUUCUGCUGCUUGUUGCCAUGGAGAAUCCAAACCCCACUCAGUCUCAGGCUUCUGGGGGGACAUGUUUGCACCACCCCCCCCCCCCCCCCCCCCCCCUUCAUCUCUUGUCAGUCUCAAGGUGAAACAGCGGUUCCUGAAGUGGACCCGUUUGGCCAGACUCGUGGAGACAGACAUCCAUGGGCAUUUUAAGUGUUAUGUUUGUGUUGCUGUUGUUGUUUGUUCUUAUCCCCUUCGUCGUGAUCUCCUCCCCGUAGAGUAAAGGAUGAUUAAGGUGAAGACUUCCUCUGCAGACUGCCUCAGAUAUACUGCCAUAGCCUGGAGACGCCCCCCCCCCCCAUUGGUGCCUCAGUGUCAUGUCCAUCCUGUCCACACCAUGAGAGAGUGAAUAAGAGAGAGUGAGAGAGAGAGAGAGAGAGAGAGGAAUUCUCCUGGCUAUGACUUCUAUGGACCUGUUGUUGAUCUUUCGUGUAUUCCAAUAUAGAAUGAAAAUUGCACCCUAUCAGACAUCAUUUUGUCGGCAGUGUUAAGAGAUAGCUAGUUUGCUGUGCUCUUUCUGUGGGUUUACAUGAUUUUCAGUAUUUUAACAUAAUCAGGCGAAACGUUUUACAUCAAGAAACAUACAUGCCUAUACUGAGGAUAAUUGGCCAGUGCAUGACAAAAACAUGACAAGAAAGUGGUGUUUAUUGACAAUGUUACCACCAAUUUUCCUUGUUAUGAAGCAAUGGGUGGGAUGAUUUUAAACAGAUAAUUACAUUACAUAGGCUAUUCUUUUUUCAGUUACUUUUUGUGAACUGUGGAAUGUGGUUGAUGAUGAAAAUACAGCCUCUAGACGCCCUCCUGUGGGCCUAAUAGUGUACGGGGCUGAACUGACUGACAGCACCUCCAAUGUGUUAAGUGUGUGUUUAAAGGGAACUGUAAAUGUCCCUGUUAAGAAACAGCUGACAUGGCUGCCAUGAUGAAUCUACCUUACUAUGAAGCCACCAUGCUCCCUGACCAUCUUUGUCCAUCACAAAGUCCAGAUCCAUAGCAGCGUUGCACCACUGACCCUACACUACCACCAUGCAGUCACUCUGUGCUGUGUUUGUAAGGAGUGAGGACCUUGUGGUGAGAUGGCGUGAGUGAGUGCGCGGAUACUUCUGCCCGCGUGGGAGUGCUUUGACUGUUUUGUACUGGACUGUAGUUGAGUGUUCGCUUGGUUUCAUUUCACGAGAAUUCCGCCUCACAGACAUGUCGUGACAUCUGUGUUGGGAGCAUUGUAGGCACCUCAUCAGGAGAGAGUAUGGACACAAACAGACCACUGGCACUCCACACACAUUCCACUUUUGAAGCUCACCGCGACGGCCAACGGACUUUUGUUUUUUCUUCCUUUCUUUUUUUUUUUUACUUUUUGUUUGUGCUUGGGUUCCAUAAUAGUUCAAGAGAGUCACUAGAACUGUGUUUUACUUUUUUUGAGAAGCUCACAUGGUCUGGUGCGUUAUUUGAUGUUUCUGUAAUUCCAAAUUAGUUUGUGAUUUUAGAGUCCCUACGGAUGACAAAAUCCCCAUGGAUGAACAUACUGAGAAUCACACUCUGUGUAGCAAAAUGAUCUUCAUGGGGCAGGAUGAUGGUUAUUAAAGACUCAUUAAUCUUG